AACUUAUGGUUUGAACCGCCAUUUUGUAUUUAGCAAAGAUAGGAGCACAUGUUCUUAUUUACCUGAGUAUUCAGGAAUAUUAGACAUUCAUUUGAAAUGUUAGAAGAUUGUGUUUAAUAUAACAAAAAAGCAUAUAUAUUAAUACACAAAAUGACACAAGAUGAAUCAAUCAUGACAAAGAUACAGAAAGUAGAGGAUACAUUAAAUGAAUCUAUGUAUAAAUUAGAUAUGCUGACAAAAAAACUUAAAACAAAAUUACUCACAAUGGAAACUCGUGAAGAGUUGGAAACACAAUUAGAAGAAAUUAAAGAGGUACUUAAAAAGAAUGAAGAAAAAUUAAAAAAAUUAAGAAAACAGAAUACAAAAUCAUUCAUGAUAGCAGCAAGCAUAAUUUUUGUAUGUUUUCUGCUCUAUGGAUUAUAUUUAAUGUUUUAUGGAACAAUAUAAGAUUUUUAUAUUAUAUUAUA